ACCACACUAACCAUCCUCCUUCAUAAUCUACGCCCUAAUUUGUACUUUCUGUUCUUUGUAUAUGUUGCCACAUUUAUAGACUACCAUAUCUGGCCCCCGCGGUCACGACAGCCCUCACGAUCGCUUGUAGCUGCCACGGGUCCAGCGUCCCUACCUAAGGCAGGCGCAUCCCCUCAUACCUCUUCUCUCAAAAUCUCGCAGGCAGGCGCCCUCCCGCCACGAUGGUGGGCCCGCGCAAACCCCCGGCUCUGGCCGAAGAAAGCGCCGAGGUCGAGGUACUCUACGCCAACAUGGACAAGAUGAAGACGCUCACGAAGAAGAUCCAAGCGUCUGUCAACAGACUCGAUGCCAGCGGGAAAGCAGUGCAAGAUGCAAUCAGCCCAAUAUACGGCAACACACAGAAACUCCAGAUUGCGACAAGCAACAUCGAUAGGGUGAUUGAGGCAAUUGAGAGACUCAGGGCGCCGAGAGAUCAGAGCGAGCGCGAGGAGAGGAUCAUCAGAGCUGGGCCCGGACGAGGCGACCUUCGCGACUACAUUGCAUCUCUCGACCGGACCACAAUGGCACUCGCCGACCUGAAGCGCACGAAUCUUCGAUCAAACGAACAGGCGAUCGCGCAAUUGAACGGCCUCCUGAAACUAGGAAACAAGCAACUGGAGGACGUAUUCCGGAGCAUACUGGAAGAUUGUUCGAGAACGAAGCUCCAGGCCCUGGAAUUUGUUGCGAAGAACGAGCCGUUUCCACACCUACCGGGGGAGAAGCUGUCGACUCUGCGCGGUAUCAACAAUCAUAUCUCCCAAGCUGUUGCUUCCACAUCGCAGGCGGACUUGUCUACAACGCCAACACAGAGGAAAUACGCAGACAUUCGAGGCAGCUACCUGGAAAGCUCGUUGGGCAGCCUGGCUCAGGCUUCAGUCGCUACAGCCAGGAAAGUGCAGCCUGAUGCACUGUACAAGAAAGGGCAGAACGGGAUUGGCACAUACGUGCAGGCGAUCGAGGGAAUCUUCGUUGCUGAGUACGAUAAUAUCUCCAACGUUUUCGCGCGGCCUGAAUGGAUGCCAGUUUGCGAGGCGACCUGCCAGCCCUCUUUGGCAGAAUUCAGCCGGACACUACGUGAGCUGAACGGCCACAUUCAGAAAAAUCUCCUUACCGACUGCUUCCUCGGGUACGAGAUCUGCGGCAUGGUACGCACGUUGUCUAUACGCCUACAAGAAUCCACUGGCACACUCAAAGGUCAAAUCUAUGACAGCGUCAAGCCCAUUCGCGAGACGUCAAAAACCUCCUUAAGCAAGCUGAUCGAAGAUACCAGAGUGCGCACGCAAACGCUCGUUGCCCUACCGAUGGACGGAGCGGCUGUUCCAAUCACAACAGAGACCAUGCGCCGCCUGCAGGAAAUGCCCAACUAUUUGGACCCAUUAUCUUCGAUACUGGCAUCAUUGGGUGAAGGCGGGUGGAACAACCCUUCUGCAAAUACAUCAUCAACGACCCUUGAUGUCAGCCCUGAUGUGGUCAAGCUGUUCGCGUCGUAUGCGUCUGACACAAUCGACACCCUGAUCCAAAACCUCAUGAGCAAAGCGAAGAUCUUGUUGAAGGGCAAGACCCUGCAGGGCAUCUUUCUGGCGAACAACAUAGCUAUUGUCACUCGAGUCGUUCGCAAUUCCGAGCUUGCUCCACUCAUGGAAAGCUAUGCAGGAAAGCUUCAAGCCUGGCGCAAGACGAGCUCAGCCAUGUAUCUCGAAGCCUGGCGAGAGCCGUCAGGUCAUCUGUUAGACGUGCAGUACACGAAUCGCUCCAAGGAUCGGCCACACUCUGGUGGCGGGGCAGCCGACUCCGCAGCCAUUGUGAAGGGUCUUGGGUCUAAGGACAAGGACGCGAUCAAAGAGAAGUUCAAGAAUUUCAACACCAUCUUCGAAGAUUUAGUCGCGCGCCACAAGACGUACGCCAUGGAGGCCGAGGUGCGUUCGGCAUUGUCGAAGGAAGUGCAGAACAUCAUCGAGCCCCUCUAUAAUCGCUUCUACGAUAAGUACCGCGAGAUUGAUAAGGGCAAGGGCAAGUAUGUCAAGUACGACAAAGUCGAGCUCAACAAGGCGCUCACAAGUUUCGCUUGAUGCAUUGUCUUUGGCAUUGGAUUGGACUUUUCGCACAAUACCCUGCGUUUGCGUUUUUUUCAUUGAAUCGAGGUGGGCACUGGAUAGGCGACCAUGCAUGCGACAGGAGUUGGAUAUAUAAGUUAUACAUCAUUGGGACCGAAGAUGGUGCAUUAAAGAGCCACGCACGGUAGGCCAGAAGCAGAGAGAAUAGUAAGAUGCGAAGGUAGCACACCGUACCUAUGUG